UUAUAAUACUGGUUGAAGGUCAUAGAUUGUCUUCCUUCCACUGUCAGCGAAAUCUCAAACGCUCUCCAAGACCCCAAUAAUCGAUAUACAACCACCCCAGACCUACUCCAACUCGCCCCGCACUCAUCCACUGGACCCCUCAGUCCUAGAAUUGAGAUAGAGCACAGUCUCAUUAUAAUCGCAAUAUUCCUCGCAGGUCUGCUCUGCAAUCAUGGGCGACCACGUUCUAUUCUUCUAUGGCACCCUAAUGGCCCCCCAAAUCCUCCACCGCGUAAUCCACGGCUCGCCCACCCCGGAAGCAUGGCAAAAAGCCCUCCUCACAUUCAAGCCCGCCGUGCUGCACGGGUACCGCCGUCAUCGAGUGCGGGGGGCUGAUUAUCCGGGUAUCGUGCGGGUUUCCUCCACCACCUCUUCUACCUCUACUGCCACUGGGGAAAAUACGAAAGCUCCCACCGGAGAACUAGAUACAACAGCCUCCGUCCUCGGCACGGUCGUAUCGGGCCUAACCCAAGGAGACCUCCACCGGCUCGACAUCUACGAAGGCACAGAGUACGCCAAGGAGCGUGUCUCGGUACGUAUCCUGCGUGAAUCUCUCCCGCAGAGCGAAAACACCAUUCCCUCCGGCCACGACGGUGUCAGAAAUGUUUCUGGCUCCAGUCAUACAGCCACGCCUAGCGUGAACGCGGGCAGCAAGGUAGCAGACACAGACACAGACACAGAAACAGACACCCACCUCCGCGACGUUCUCUCCGCCGCGGAGGCGGAAUUCGCCGACGAGGGCGAGGAAGUACUCGCCGAUACGUACGUGUGGAUUUCAGGUGGCGAGAUGCUGGAGUCGACUGAGUGGGAUUUCGAGGCGUUUAAGAGGGAUAAGAUGGCUUGGUGGGUUGCUGCUUCGGAGGAUGAGUGGUGAUCUUUCUUCCUCUUCUUCUUCUUCUUCUUCUUCUUCUCUUUCUUUUUAAAUAUAUCUUUGGUUGGGUUUGGUUCUUCUUUUGUUGUUGGGUAGGGUAGAU